AUGUCCUUCACCGGAGACCAGAUCCUCGGAGUGUGGAGGGGGUGCCAGGACAAACAGGACCCGCCAAGUCCUGGCGACCCCCCCAUCAGCACCUUUGCUUUCAUGUUGAAGCCAGUCAGCGAGAUCGACCUCGACGGGUACUGGUUCAGGGAACGUGACAUGCCACGACAACAGGUCAACGUGAUGCCACCCCGUCACAAUUUUCCGAGGGUCGUAUUUCCUGGACAGCCCUCGCCAAUCGAUCCGUCCAGCCGACCGGCCUUCUUCUUCAGGAACUCUCUGUUUAGGAGAACGGCGUCCACAUGUUGUUUCGCCGAUCUUGAUAAUGCAUUUUCGGAAAUUGCACCCUGUUCCUUCCUGGCUCAGGGUUCGGAGGCGGACACAAAGUUGAUUGUUAGUCGUGCAUCUUGUCUUCUUUCACGCUUGCCCACCACGCCGCUGCCGCUGCCGGAUUUGCCGAAGCCUCCCCAGGAUCGCGGCAAACAUGGAUGGCUGAAGAUUGAGGGAGACGAAUAUUUGUGGGAGGACCUGGAGCCCGUUCGCCUCUUGUCGACUUGUGUAAUCCGCAUGGCGCUGGCCAUCGCGGCCACAUGGGAUAGAAGUCGGGAGCAAAACAUGCGAGGUCGGGAGUCACACAAGUUCCGGGAAUUUCUGGAUUUCCUUUCUGAGCUCAUCGACUCGACCUCUUAUGAAUCCCGGAAGUUAAGGCCCGAGUUAGAAUUCCAGUCAUGGAGGUGGUUUAUCGUCAGGAGUUACUUGUGGAGCACUUGGCAGCGAUGCGUCGCCUUGCACUACUGGCGAAUCCUGCAAGAUCAAGUUGUUUGGGGAUUUGAUUACACAAGUCUCAGCGACUUGGCCCUUCGCCCAAACACCGACUCUGUUACGGCCUCAGAGAAACAAACCGAGCUCAAAUCGGAAUAUAUGUGCAGUCUAGCCUACCACAUUCUUCGCAGGAGCAGGUCGACAGCAGUGCUGGAUCUGCGGCAGUUCCAUACCGUGUUCAGCGACCAGUUCAAAGAGAGGCAGGGGAGAUGCAACGGCACUGCUUCUUGCGACGGGACGUCUCCUAACGCUUGCCGGAGAAUUAAAGGUGCAAAAAUCGACGAUCAGAGCCAACACGACCUAUUGUGUCCAGAUGAGAAGAAAUGCAGACAGAUCAUAUGGGACGAGUCGUCUUACCUCCAAGUGGUCGGCGCCCGUGCUGUUUCUAUACCCAGCUGCGAUGAAGUCCAGAACAAGCUGAAAUACGAAGUCGCUUCGGAAAACACCCUCGCCGUCUCUCAUGUGUGGAGCCACGGCCAGGGCGGCAUCCCGACCGAUCACAACCUCCGGAAGGAGGCGAUUAUGAACAUCAACAACGUUUUCCGAAACAGCCGCGCAGUCCUACUGUGCGACAGAGACCUCAUGUGCAUUGACACCUCCGUCAUCAAAAGCGAAGAUGACUCCUCCUGCGAGAGCGUGUCUCUCAUGGAAUCCAUUCUCUGCACUCUUCUCGUUUGCGACUGGAAUGUUCGGGCCUGGACACUGCUGGAAGCACUGCGUGGACGAAUGAACAUGCACAUUUUAGUGACGUCCGGGGGGCAAAACAGAGCAAUCUCUUUAAGGGAGAUUCUCCGAUCCGUAACCCUGCACGGAUCUAUCAACAUCGGAAUUCUCUUCCUCAUGAACUAUCACCUCUUUCCCGCCCCCAGCAGCUUCAACUGGCUCAAAUUGAACACCGACGGCCGCUCAGAACCCAGCAUGGAAAGGGUUGAUCGUCUCCAGCAUAGGGGGGUAUUCAGUGGGUCGCACGGCGCACAACUAAUGGCCUCACGUAUUGGGGCUGGGUUCCUCUCGGUAUCCGAAGCGGCGACGCUGCUCGCGCAGAGGUUCGCCUCGCGUCCCGGGGACGAUGUAGUCAUAUGGAGCUUGCUAGUCGGGGAUGAUCCGUUCAACAACGCUCUCAAGUUGUGGACUGAAGUGUCCCGCGAAAAAGAUCGGAUGGUAUCGGACCGAACCGUAUAUACGGGGUACUUGCUCUCGAGUGUUCCCAGGCUGGAUCAAAAUGGAGCUUCAUGGGCGCCGAGUCAGCCAGGGACUUUCAUUACUGCUCCCGACGCUCAGAGCAGGAACAACUGGAGUCAAUACCCACCUUACGACGGAAAUCUGUCGCGAAUCGGCACAAUCGAGUCUGAUCCCAAGGACACAAGGCGUUUAAAGCUCCGCGCAUUCUGGGGUGUUUAUCCACUGUUCAUGACGCGUAAUGGUGGCGCGCCCAUCUCGAAUAGUUCCUCACGGCCUCUUCAUACUAUCCUACCCGAUAGCAUCGAGAGAUUUUCGGAGGCGAUCCUGCUUCAGCCCCUGCAGGAGACUGAAGAAUCGAACCAGGUAAACAGAGGGGAAGAAGCUGGCGCGGGUCCGGCAUUCGCCCUUGCGAGUGUUUAUAAAGGACCCUCCCAAGGCCCGCUUUUUGUGAUCUGUGGACGGAAAUAUGGUCCCAAGGAUGCGCCGUGGACUUGGUUGGGAGUGCUGGAUUGGGGUGACGUAGGCUUGGAGCUGCCGCCUUUUGAGGUUAAAGAGGUGGUUCUAGGUCGGCAAAAAGGGGUGUUGACCAGGGGCCAGAAUACCUUCAAAGGCUACCUCUAA